CAUAGUCCUCCAUCUGCUCCGCCGCACGAUGCUUAAGAUUCGUAGGAGCCUGGAGGCUCAGAAGGGAAGCGGAGCGAUGCCGGCCGCAGAGGCUCCGCAAGACGACCUCCCGUCUAAAUCUCCAACCCCACCGCGCAGCCCGUCUCCGCCUCCACCGCCCUCUUGCUCCGUCACCCCCGGCCCCGCGACGUCGAAGGAGUCGACAAGAUGAGCCGCCUCCCCGACGACCUCCGCCGUCGCGUCAUCUCCCCGAUGCGCUGCCCCAUCGCGGCUCGGGCGCCCCCGAAGCCCUACCUCGACAUGCUGCCCCACCGCGUCGCCGCUGUUGUGGCUUUGGCUAUCCUCAACGUGCCGCCCAACCCAGCAGCGGCAUCACCGCGCAACCCCAGCCCCGGCUGAGCUUGUCCCGUCCCGAAUAGGCGGAGUUGGAGAGGAGUCGGCGGAGUUCAUGAUCCCCCAGGACGGGACGGUGGUGGAGCUAAAUGAGAGCAACUUUGAUGCGGCGGUGCGCGCCAUGGAUUGCCUCUUCGUUGAAUUCUACACCCCCUGGUGCAGCCACUGCAAUCGCCUGUCCCCGCAGUUGCCAGCUACAAUCCACUGGAGCAUGAUGUCAAUUUUAUCAUCAAUGGCAUCCUCCAGGUCUACUGGUCUACGAUACUGCCUACCCACCAGUGCUGCAGACUGAGAGGAUGCACAUAGGGCCUCCAGGAGGUGCAGCUACGGCACACCCGUGGGGUGGAGGCUGACUCAAAUGACAUAUGGAGUGUAGGUUAGCUGUUCAAGAAAAUGCCCAAGCAGCAGUCAGUAUAAUUGUUGAUUUGAUAUUGUCUUACUGAUUAAAAGUUUCAACUUGCAUUGAUAUCGACUGCUAAUUUUGAGAUAGAUGAUUGUUCCAACAAGCUUGCAGUUGAUACUGAUGACAAACAAUUCCAUGCUUUCAUUGCUUGCAGAGGAUGUCAAGCACUUGCAUUCAGUAAGUCAAUACCUCCUCUCCCCUUGCUCAGAACAUAAAUAUAAAUCCAAUUUGUGUAUUGGAUAACCUAUUUGUGCUUUAUUAGAUCCUUUCAGGUUCAGAAAUUUUAUCCUACCUUUUAUCCUAGAAGAUGCAAGGAAAUAAUGUGGUGAUUACUUUCAUAUCAAUUUUAUUUUGUUCUGCUGUUUAUUUUAUGUUACUGAUGUAUUGUCAUUUUUAUUCCUUUCAUUGGCGCAGGCAAAUCUCAUGGUUGAAUUGAUACAAAAGUGCUAUUAUGUUGAUCUUCUGAUUUAGUAUUGUGCAUUAGAUAGUGUAAUGUUGCAAUAUCCAAUUAUCUUAUGGAUGAAUACAUCAACCUGCUGAACGGUCAGAAUUGCACUUAUAUAAAGCAGGCCUACUGUUCUACCUGUA